GUGCAGGGCCCGAGAGUCCGGGGUCGCCGCAGCCCGCGAGAAGUGACCGGUCUCCGGCCUGCUUGUGCUGUCCCCGCGCCCUGUCCAAUGGACUCCCGAGACCCUCGGAACCCAGGACACCAUUGGAGAAACUGGUCGUUUUACCAAGGAUUUGACUGGAAUGGCAUGCUUCCUUUAAAGAAUUAAAGUUGACUUAUAGAGCCAAUUAAAGCCGUUUGGGGAAUCUGGCCUCAUACCUUGUCCACAGAGUUCCUGUACAAGGCUCCUGAGCUGUGGGAAGCAGCACAGCACCAGCUAGGCAGAGACGCCCCAGGCCAUGUCAGAGCUUUGAUUGAGGCCUGGUAACAGGGAGGCGCUGUCACCCACUGGCCUUGCCAACCCAGCUCCAAGAUGCUGAGCCUGAAGCUCCCCAGGCUGUUUAGCACAGACCAGAUACCACAGGUGUUCCAUGAGCAAGGCAUCCUCUUCGGCUACCGCCAUCCACAGAGUUCUGCCACUGCCUGUAUCCUCAGCCUUUUCCAAAUGACCAAUGAGACUCUCAACAUUUGGACUCACUUGCUGCCCUUCUGGUUCUUUGCAUGGAGGUUUGUGACUGCACUGUAUGUGACAGACAUCAAGAAUGACAACUACUCCUGGCCCAUGCUUGUGUACAUGUGCACCAGCUGCGUGUACCCGCUUGCGUCCAGCUGUGCACACACCUUCAGCUCUAUGUCCAAGAAUGCCCGGCACAUUUGCUACUUCCUGGACUAUGGCGCCGUCAACCUCUUCAGCCUGGGCUCAGCCAUUGCCUAUUCUGCAUACACGUUCCCAGACACGCUGGUGUGCACCACCUUCCACAACUACUACGUGGCCAUGGCUGUACUGAACACCGUCCUCAGCACAGGCCUCUCCUGCUACUCCAGGUUUCUUGAAAUCCAGAAGCCCAGACUCUGUAAGGUGAUUCGUGUGCUCGCCUUUGCUUAUCCGUACAUGUGGGACUCCCUGCCCAUCUUCUACAGGCUAUUCCUGUUCCCAGGGGAGAGUGCACAAAAUGAAGCCACCUCCUACCACCAGAAGCACAUGAUCAUGACCCUCCUGGCCUCCUUCUUGUACUCUGCACACCUGCCGGAGCGCCUAGCCCCAGGACGCUUUGACUACAUCGGUCACAGUCACCAGCUGUUUCACGUGUGUGUGAUCCUGGCCACGCAUAUGCAGAUGGAAGCCAUACUUCUGGACAAGACUCUGAGGAAGGAAUGGCUCCUAGCCACCUCCAAGCCCUUCUCUUUCUCUCAGAUAGCCGGAGCCAUACUUCUGUGCAUCAUCUUCAGCCUCAGCAACAUAAUUUAUUUCUCAGCUGCUCUGUAUCGGAUUCCCAAGCCAGAAUUACACAAAAAAGAAACAUGACUCAGACCAUAAGCUUUUCAUGCCAAAUGUCAACAUAAAGCUGCAACACCAAGCUGGAGGCGGUUACAACUUACCAUGGCCUAAAAUAUUCAUAAUGGUUGGUGUCUUUUGAAUGAAUUCAUGUCAAAAAGGUAUUCAGCUGGCGAAAUUUCUCCAAAUGUACACUGGUUCUGUGUGUGUGAUUUUAAAAGGAGAACAUGGUUCAAGCAAGUCCUUGUUAAGGCAAACUACUGAUAUUUCAUUAAUUUUAAAUUUACUUAAAAUGGGGUUUUUUAUUCUAUUUAAACAAUUGGAUUAAGCAUAUUACCCUGGAGCUUUGUAAUAUUUUUAAAAAAAUGAAUCUUGCUUCAUUUGAUGAAUUUCAUGUCACAAAGCUUCUCUCAAGAGCUCUUGUAGUGGCCUGUUGACUUCUUCGGGAGAAUGAGUCAAGGUCAGUCACUGGGAGGACCUGUGAAAGGAAGUUGGUCACUGAGCGCCUUGGGGACUGGGAAAACAUUCCAGAAUGAAGAGAGCUGUUUGGGGAGAGACCUUCUUCCCUUCUCCACCUAGUGAAGGGAGAACAAAAGGGGAGUCCUCUCUUCCCACAAAUCCAUUCUGCCUUCAAAGUGCAAGUUCUCAUGUCACUAUGGAUUUGGAAUUCGUCAGUUUUUUUCUUAAAAAUCCACAGCAGGGUGUCAUGUGUUCUGUUAUGCUGUUUUCUGGUUGCCAGUUUGAUCUGCAAAGUAUUAUUCGGUGCAGGUAAAAUGUGUUAAACUCUAA